UUUUUUUAAAUGCAAAGCAAAAGAGCUACCCUUGUCUUAAAUACUGCAGUGUGUCUCUCGAUGUGUGGAGUAAUGCUAUGCAAAGCUGAAGCUCUGGAAGAUCCCAAGCUCAGACAGGAUGAUCACCUAUAUUUCCAAAGCACAAAGCUAGAAUGCAUGGAAGAGUUAAAAUGUGGCCGCAGGCCCAAGCUGCAGCUUUUACUAGUAUGUCUCAUUGCUGAUCCCCCCAAAUUCCAUUAUUUCAGAAGAUAUCUGUUAAGUUCACUUAAUGGUUGGUGAAAUUUUUUUCAAAAGGUUUUUCUCUGUGAAGAGAGCUGAAUUGUAAUUGAAACUGCCCUAUGCACCUAAAGCAGGGGUACUUGCUGAUAUACUUACAAUCAUGCAUUUACAAUUGAGGUAAGGACAACAGUAAAAAUAUUUCACUAUGGUACUUUAAUGGGUUUCCUCCUGUGCAUUUAAUAAGAUUUAAUUCUGUUUGGACUUCAUGUCUUAAAAUAAAUGAAAGGUGCAACACUCAACAGUAGUAGCAUAUUUUACUAAAACCAUGAAGGGAAUAACAUCAGUCAUAAAAUAAAUUAGGUCAUCUGGUACCUCUGGAAAUCAAGUAGUCCAGCCUCCUGCAUAAAGCAUGGCAAAUCUUGAAGCUAGAUCAGGUUGCAGAAGACUUUGUGUGGCUCAGCUUUGACUGUCUGUAAGGAGGGAGACUGCACAGCUGGGCCCAUUUCAGUGCUUGACUACUCUUUCAAAGCUCACUUUUUCAAGCACAGCAUUCUUAAUCCCCUGUGUUGCAACGUGUCUAUUGCACCUUGUCCUUUCACUGGCCUUUUCAGGAAGAAAUCUGACUCUUGUGUUCUCGCUAGCUCUUCUUUAAGUGCUUGAAGACAGCAGUUAGAUCCCCUGGGCUUUCUCUUUUUCAAGCUGAAAAUCCACAGCUCCCUCAGCCUUUUUGCAUGUGUUCUGUGCUCCAUGUCCUGAGCCUGGUAAUCCAGGCUCUGCUGGACUCACUCCAGUUUUUCAGUAUCCAUCUAGUACGGGGCUGGUCAAAAUUACAUGGAGUAUUGCAGAUGUGGUCUCACCAGGAUACAAUAUGAGGGAAAUGACCACUUCUCUUGACCUGCUGGUGAUGCUUUUGCUAGUGUAGCCUAUAUGCAGGUAAUCCUCACUGCUUGAAAGGCACACAGCUGACUUGAAUUCACCUUGAUAUCCUCCAUGGCUCCAGAUUCUAUUCUACAGAGCUGCCCCCACAGGCUAUAUGUGCUGCAUGGAGUUAUUCUGCUCCUGGUGCACGACUUUGUGUUUGUUGAAUUUUAUGAGGAACCUAUCAGCCUAUUCCUCCAGCAUUUGGAGGUCCCUCCACUGUAACAGCUGCUUCCCAAAUCUAGUGACCUCCAUGAAUUGGUUUCGUACUAUUGCCAAGGUGCCUAAUGAGCCAUAAAAAAACAGCUGCACUUAACUUCAAGGAAUGUUAUUUUUGAAUAAAGAACCUAACUUAAAAAACUGGUAACCUGGCUUUUUUUGCCAAAAGUACAUAAAAAUCGAGAAAGUUCAAUACAAAAUUCCUGGCAAACAUUUUUUCUUGCUCCCUAGCAGAAUAUUUUGUUUCAUAUAUUUAACAGAAUGACACUUUGCCAGAGUUCAUAUUGAUUCUUUGUUCUGACAUUAAGAAAUGGGUCCAGGUACCCUGAGGUGCAGUCCAGUACCUACAAUUAUAUGGCUAUUUUAUUCUGAAAUCCUUUUAGAUGACUUGUUUAAAGGAAGCCUUAGCAGUCUAAAUACAGUGAAAGGUUUGUUAGCGUGUGCUCCAUAUUGUCCCUUGUGGCUACUGUAAGUUAGUUCACGUUUCAAAAUUACAGCUUUUUUCCCUUGGGAAGAAUUUUGUAGGCUCCUGUUGAACACCUUUUCAAAAGCAGUGCAGAGCAAAUGAAUCUUAUAAAACCACUGCCUGCUUUCUUUGGUGUUAAACGCUUCCCAUGUCUGUCUGCCUGGAAACAGCUACAAGAGCUGCAAAGAUGAAUCAAACACACGACAGAGCAGCACUGCUCAGCUCGCAGGGCUCUGUGACGGCUUUGACCUCUGAACGACUCACUUGCUCCGCAUCCAUUGGAAGCUCCAAACAAUGAGUCCCUGUCCAGCUACACCCAGCUCGGCUUCCUGCUGGCGGACUUGAAGGAAAUCUGCCUGGUGUGGAACCGUGGCUUGCAAAACAUUCUACAGCAGCCAAACAGUAGUGGCUGAAGACAGAGCGAUUUAUUGGUGUUAAUGCCCAUCCUCUUCGUGUAUGAGUCAUGCAUGCAAAACAGUCUGAAACCAAAUAGUUGCUAAACAUAUUUAGCCGAGAAGUGUUGGAGUGUGGCUGUUUGCUAUCAUUCAGGUUUACGUUCACCUAGCGAAGCAUUCUUGGGGAAAGAAGCAAGUGUUUUGAUAACCUUCUUGCCACUGUGUGGAUGAAUUACAAACUCGGUCCUGUGGAAAUCUGAAGACUUUUAUAGCAAAUCCUCCAGUGUCAAAAUGAACACAGAUAGCGGUGGGUGUGCUCGCAAACGUGCUGCAAUGUCUGUCACAUUAACAGCUGUGAAGAGAGUUCAGAGUUCUCCAAACCUAUUGGCCUCAGGGUCUGAUUCUCAGUCUUCAGAUUCAGCUUGGAGAUCUUACAAUGAUGGAAGUAGAGAGACACUGAAUGGAGAUGCUAGCAGUUCCUCUCUUACAGCAAAAGGUUUUAGGAGUGUGCGGCCAAAUCUACAGGAUAAAAAAUCACCAAGUCAGGCACCUCUGCCACCCCCUAGAAAAGAAAGUUUUCGGAAAGCAAGAGUAACUAAUAACAAGAACGGAAUUAAUCUCCAGACAGUAACAAGCAGUCCAGCUAAACACCUUCCCACAGAUUCUGCCUAUUACACUAACGAGAUUUCUGUCCAGGAGACAAUGUCUUCUCAAUUAACUAACACAAGUGUGUCCUAUGCACAAAAAAUUACUAAACCAUUGACCUCAAUCUCCAGUGCAGGCACAAGCACAGUAGCUGGUAUUAGUACUACUCUUCAUCAAGGCCAAAGGCAACAGUCUCCAAAACGUCGGGUAUCUACCCUAAAAUUAACCCGGACACGUGAUGCAGCAAGUAGCAUUCCUUGUAAUACACAGCAACAGCUCAAGCCUGUUGAAGUGCCAGUAUCUCCACAAAGGCCUGUUUCACCUGCCUGUAACCCUGUGCCUGAGAUACACACAGCAUCUCUUUCCAUUCAGAUAGCUCCCAUCCCCGACAAUAAAGCAGAGCCUGAAAUCCAAGAACAUCCACCUAGUAUUUCUCCAGACACUUCAAAGAUGUCUUCACAGGAUUUGCGACAAAAGUCUACAGUUCUUCCUUCUUCACAGGCUGCAGAAUGCCAUGUGCUUGGAAACCAGAAAGUAACUGCCCCUGUGAUGGAGGUAAAUGCUUCACAGACACACAGACAAACAGCAACAGAAGCUUCUCCACUGCCUCUUCCUCCUCCUGUGGUACCAGUUAACAGAGCCUCUUUCUCACCAGACAGUGGCACCCAUCUAGUACCAUAUUCUCUGCCAGCGCUUGAUGAUUUUCUGCCUUCACGCUUUUAUAAAACCCCAGCCCUUUCACAAUUUUCAUAUAAAUGCCCAUACCUAGCUUCCGAAAGUAUUAUCCACAGGAACGAAACCGCCUCUGUGAGCACAGACUCUGCCAUGAGUGAGUGCUCCUCCCGCACAGUGAGUGAAUCCUCCACAGCCAUUCUAGAUGAGCUGCAGACCUGUAGCUAUGAUACCACUGACUGCUCUGAAACACCUUCCCCAACCUUGAGCCAGAUGUCUGCUGUGUCAGAUGGCACCACCUUAACCAACACUGCUGCCACUUCUCAUGCUCAGAUCACAGUGAAUGGGAACUCUGGCACUGCUGCCAGCCCAGUGAGUCACUUUCAAAGGCCUUUUUCCCCUUCUUCAGUUUACCCUCCACCAGCUUCGCUCAAUUCCAACAUUGUUAUCAUGCAGCAUGGCAGAAUGAUGGAGUCCACAGAGACAUACUCAGAGCAUGUUCAGACUGUUGGCAGCACCACCACCACCAGUACAAUACCAAUCUGUAGGUCCUCAGAAGAAGAAAAAAAAAUUACAGUCAUUAAAGCCCCACAUUAUGCAGGGAUUGGCCCGGUAGAUGAAUCUGGAAUCCCUACAGCAAUUAGAACGACAGUUGACAGGCCGAAGGAUUGGUACAAGACAAUGUUCAAGCAAAUCCAUAUGGUUCAUAAGCCUGAUGACGCCACAGACAUGUAUAAUACUGCAUAUGCAUACAGUACUGGUAGCUACAGUCCAUCCUUCUCUGCUCAGGCACACCCAGCUGCAAAGACACAGACGUACAGACCACUGUCCAAAAGCGUUUCUGACAGUAGCGCCGAUGCCUUUAAGGUCUCAUCCCCUUUACCACCUCCACACGUGCCACCUCCAGUACCACCACAUCGUAUGAGGGGAAGGUCUACACCAGAAAAAAAUGACUGGGAUCCCCCUGACAGAAAGGUAGAUACCCGCAAGUUCCGUUCUGAGCCAAGAAGUAUUUUUGAAUAUGAGCCAGGAAAGUCAUCAAUCCUUGAACAUGAAAGACCGACUGAUCGCAUAAACCCAGAUGACUUAGAUUUAGAAAACGAACCCUGGUAUAAAUUCUUUUCAGAACUGGAGUUUGGACGUCCGCCACCUAAAAAGCUUUUGGACUAUGUUCGAGACAGUUCUUCUGGUGUUUCCAAUGAGACUUCCUUAUAUUAUCGCUAUUCAACAGAAAAAGGCCUGGACAGGCCCUCUAGUUCUGCAAGUACUGCAAGUGACUACAGAAAGAGAAGGAAGUCAGAACCUGCUGUAAGUCAUCAGAGGGUGCACAGUGACCAGAACGCAAACAGACCUGGUCUGGGCCGUACAGAUCUGCAAGGCCCAUGUACCACCCUUAGAAAGCCUUUAACUAGCUCGUCUCCUUCAUCUCCAUCACGAGCUAAAGGUGGGGAUAUUAGCAAAGUAUAUCCAUCCCUUUUAAGUUAUUCAGUGCACAACCACAACACCUCAAAUGAAUUAGAAUACUGUAGCACUUACAGACAGCAUUUAGCUGUUCCAAAUGAUUCAAGAAGAGCAAUCAGCUACAAGAAUGGCUGGCAAAUGAGUCGUCAAAAUGCAGAAGUCUGGAGCAGCACAGAAGAAACUGCUUCUCCAAAGAUAAAAUCCCGUAGCUGUGAUGAUCUGUUAACAGAUGAUCGGGAUAGCUUUCCUGAUGCACAGGCCAAGUCUGAAAGCAUGGGCUCUCUCUUAUGUGAGGAGGACUCCAAAGAAGUUUGUUCAAUGAACUGGGCCUCUCCCUAUGUUCCUGAGGGCCGUGGUAGUGGUAGGUCAAGAGUCCGUCACAGGUCUGCACAUGAUGCCCCAGGUUUCCUAAAAAUGUACAAAAAGAUGCACCGCAUCAAUCGCAAGGACUUGAUGAAUUCUGAGGUGAUUUGUUCUGUGAAGUCCAGAAUACUGCAGUAUGAAAAAGAACAACACAAAGGUAUUCUUCAAGGCUGGAGAGAGUCUUCUACUGAAGAGGUGCCCAGAGACAUGGUGCCAACCAGAAUAUCUGAAUUUGAAAAAUUAAUUCAGAAGUCAAAAUCCAUGCCGAACCUAGGUGAUGAAAUGUUGUCAGCUGUUACGCUAGAGCCUCCUAAAAAUGGCUUAUGUCCAAAGAGGCGAUUUUCUAUAGAAUCCUUGCUGGAAGAAGAAAAUCAAGUCAGACAUCCCUCUCAGGUACAACGAAGCUGCAAGUCUAAAACCCUGGUGCCAAUUCAUAUUGAAGUGACCAGCGAUGAGCCACAACGAUCGCAUAUGGAUUUCUCAGACAGUGAUCAAGAUGGAGUGGUUUCUGAUGUCAGUGACUUCAUCCAGAUAGAAGGUUCAUCCUUUUGUAGUGAAAGUGACUUUGACCACUUUUCCUUCACAUCCUCUGAAAGCUUUUAUGGAUCAGGCCAUCACCACCACCACCACCACCACCACCACAGGCAUCUCAUCAGCUCCUGCAAAGGGCGAUGCCCAGCAUCCUAUACCCGCUUCACCACCAUGCUAAAGCACGAAAGGGCUAAACAAGAAAGCACUGAAGAUCCAAGGAGACAGGAAGCAGAGUCUGGCCUCUCUAAGAUAGCGUUCCUAGUCAGUCCAGUGCCUUUCCGGAGGAAAAAAAGUGCAGCUCCUAAAAAACAAACUGAAAAGAAAAAAUGCAAGUCGUCUGUAUUUGAAGCGCUAGAUUCUGCACUUAAAGACAUCUGUGACCAAAUUAAAGCUGAGAAAAGAAGGGGAAGCUUGCCCGAUAACAGUAUAUUACACAGACUUAUUACUGAGCUGCUUCCAGACAUUCCAGAAAGGAAUUCAUCUCUUAAAGCUCUGAAAAAGAGUCCCAUGCACCAGCCUUUUAACCCACUGCCUCAAGAUGGUGCUAUCCAUUGCCCACUGUACCAGAAUGAUUGUGGAAGAUUACCUCUUAGUGCCUCUUUUCCAGACCUGGACGCAACUAACAACAACGAUAGUGCACUGUGUUUCCAAGUAGACCAGGAGUCUCCUGGAAGCUAUUCUUCUGCUUUCACUGAUGUGGGACGAAGUACUCCAAGGGAGAGAAGAGGAACUACAGAUAAAGAGAAACUACCAGCUAGAGCUGUAUAUGACUUUAAAGCUCAGACUUCUAAAGAGCUGUCUUUUAAGAAAGGAGAUACUGUCUAUAUCCUCAGGAAAAUUGAUCAAAACUGGUAUGAGGGUGAGCACCAUGGAAGAGUUGGAAUAUUCCCCAUUUCCUAUGUCGAGAAACUUUCUCCCCCAGAAAAAGCACAGCCUGCCAGGCCACCUCCCCCUGCACAGAUUGGAGAGAUUGGAGAAGCUAUUGCCAAAUAUAAUUUCAGUGCAGACACAAAUGUGGAGUUAUCGCUUAGAAAGGGAGACAGAGUAAUUCUUCUUAAGAGAGUUGAUCAAAACUGGUAUGAAGGUAAAAUACCAGGAACCAACAGACAAGGCAUCUUCCCUGUUUCCUAUGUAGAAGUCAUCAAAAAGAAUGCAUCAAAAAGUGUUGAUGACUACCCUGAUCCUCCGAUACCCCAAAGCUAUUCUAGUGACAGAAUACACCACUUAAGUUCAACUAAGGCUAAUUUAAGGAGAGAGAUAUUUAUUAUGGGUAAACCUCCUCGUAGCCCCGUGAUGACUAAGAGAUCCUGCAGCUCACCUGUCAGAGGUCACAGCUAUUCACACAGGCCACAGCGCCCUGUGCUUGCUCAUGAAAACAUACAGAGUGGGGGGGAACCGUUUCAGGCUCUAUAUAACUAUACUCCUAGGAAUGAAGACGAAUUGGAACUCAGAGAGGGAGAUGUCAUUGAUGUGAUGGAAAAAUGUGAUGAUGGAUGGUUUGUGGGAACCUCGAGAAGAACCAAAUUCUUUGGUACUUUCCCUGGAAACUAUGUCAAGAGGCUGUGAAUUUUUUUUUCUACUUAUUUAUGCUGCAACACAUCUGCAUAAAGCUGCUAGAAAACAUGCUACGCUGGCCUUCUGUUUUCUUGCUUGCAGUCUCAAGUAGAGGCCAUCUAGUUCAUCCUCAUCCCAUCCCACCCGCCAAACCGUCCCAGCAGUAUUACAGCAACGACCACAGUGUGAAUAACUAAGCUUUUCAGAAACAAGAGGAACCGUUUCAACAUUUAAAUACUCCCUGCUUUGAAGUCUUUUAAUUUGAAACAGUAGGAAAAGCCUGAUGACAGGUACACAGAUGAAUUGCCAUGGGGUGGGCAGGAGGGAAAAACUGUUCAUGGCUUGGACAUUUGUGUUACUAUCGUGGAGUCUGAUGGGAUUUUUUCGACAUACAUGUAAUACAGGGGAAAGUUGCUGUUUGCUCUUAAAAAAAAACAACAUUGUUUAAAUUUCCACAUUCUUAUUAGCUUAGCAGCAUUUGUUGCUUUCAUUUUGCCGUAUCACAGGUUUGCCUACUGUACUGGUUUACAAUGUAUGACAAAUUAUAAUAUAGAUUUUUUUGCCUGCACUUGUAUGUUGUAACAUAUGCACAGUGAUUGUAAAAUCUCAAGCAAGCGUAGUGAAAAAUGGAAGAACUGCAAGUGUUCCGAAUGAGUGCAAUGGUAUUGGCUAAACCUUUUUUCUUUUUUCCCCUAAUAAAGCUGUAGUGUCCUCUGUGGAAAGGUAAGAAGUGCAAGAGGCAUAGAACCUCGAGAGAGAGGAUUUAAUAAAGAGACAGACAAUGAUAUAAGCGUAGGCAGCAAUAACCUGCUACCACUGUCUCAUAUUAAAUGGUUGUAAUCAAAACGUUGUAAUAGUAAGCAACAUGAAAUUUGAGAGGUUAGUGUUUUUACUUAUCGGGAGUUUUAAGAAGCAGGAGGUAAAGAGUGUUAGUGCAAAGGGUUGUUGGGUUUCAUUUGUUUGGUUUGUUUGGGUUUUUUUUUCCUAACAUAGGCACCUGAAAAUAUUCACAAGUAUCAUGUACUGAUUUUCUUCACUAUAUAUAUAUAUAUAUAUAUGUAUGUAUGGUAAUGAAACCUGAGUUACACAUUCUUUUUAGGAAUUUAGUACAGGGGAAAAAAACAUCACAAGUGUUAAAACUGAUGCAUUUUAGAUGUUUGUUUGGGUUGUUGUUUUUUUUUUCCUGGAUGAAACAAGUAUUUGAAAACAUAUGUUUUCCAUAAGCAAAGGUAAAUGUAAUUAGCAAAUGAAAUUAAGGCACAGGAUAAUAAUGACUUGACUAUGGCUUUAUAAAAAUGAAAAAAAAAAAAAUCAGAUUUGGUUUCUUCAGCACCUUAUAGAUGGCAAAAGCUUCUAGUGCAUUUCUCAUGGGUAAAGGAUUGAAAUUAUCAAAAAUGUAUGUAGUGUCUGUAGCAUUUUGUACAUAUGUUUGCUUUUUUGUACAGAGCCAUUUGGUUGUUGAUUUUAAAAAAUUUAAGUUCCUUAUUUGAUCUUUGCCCUCUUCACAUACAGAACAUUUCAACACAUUUUUCUUUUCUUGCUCUAUUUACCAUAAGCACAUCUGGAUAGUGCAAUUCUGUAAGAUAGCGUUUUAUGCAAGAUUUUAUUAAUUAAAAUAUGGUUUACCAGCCAAAUCUAAAUGUACAUAUGUCUUUAUUACUGAGAAAUGUCAUUAAGACAAAGGUAAAGAAACAUCUUUGUGCAGCAUACCUUUAUUAUUGCAGAUUUCAUGGCAAAAGCUUUAUAUUCAAAGGCUUUCAAUUUUAAACUAGAUCUGCAUGCAGCUUUGCUGUGAGAUUAAUACCUAUCUUUGAUGCCAUUUAUGAUUGAAGACUUAAAUAUCUGUUGCCUGUGAUAUUUAAAAAGUACUGUUUCUACUCUGUAUCUGAUUUUAGAAAAAUACAGGUUUUUCAUACCUGGCUUUCAGGUCACUGACUUUGAAUUCCUACAAGCAAAAGGUCUCUGUGGUUUUUUUUUUCUUGAAUAGACUUCUAAUAAAUUUUGCUUGGAGUACA